UGCAAACUACAACUCCUAGCAUCCCUCGGGGGGAAAACUCAGCCUGGUGCUUGUGCCAGCACUUCCCUAAGUCUUCACUUCCUCCAAACAUAACGUGAGUGUGGCAAGACAUGAUUGCUGAAAUGAACAAGAAGCAAUUUACUGAGAAGAUCUUGAAUCAUGCCCUGGGGAUCAUCUACCUCCUGACUGGAGAGGUAAGUGAAUAUGUGGUUGUAAAGAAGAAUUCCCCACACAGCAGCACACAUUUACUGACUGGAGAUGUACCAAUAAAAUGUGGUGACAUAUCCAUAUAUUUCUCCAUGGAGGAAUGGGAUUACAUAGAGAAAAACAAGAACAUUUAUAAGGAUGUGACAGUUAAUAAUGGCCAAUCCUUCAAUGAAAUGAGAAUGGAAACCAAAAUGAGUUUAGAUGUUCAGGAGGAUGAAAUAGAAUGUGUGUCAAUACCUGAUGAAAUGGAGGAUACAGAAACAAAGGAAGAAGCCAGUAAACCUUUAGAUAUAGAACCAGAAGUUAUUAUUGGUGACAUUAAUGAUUCUGCAGCAAGAAUUGAACAGGUGGAUGAGAUGCCUGAUAGUGGACAUUUGGUGGAUAAAUCUGAGACAGUCAUUGAUGUCACAGACGAUUCCGUAUUGGUGAGAAGAGUAGAGGAAUCUCAUUCUGUGCUUGUUCACGAUGAAGCUCCAGUUGAACGAACUUACAUUACUGAGGAUUUCCAGGAGGAAAACUUUAUCAAUAACUUCCCCGAUGUUGUUAAUGUUAUGCCUGAUCCUUUGCCUAAUCAGCAUGAACCUAAACCAUUCCCUCUGGUUGAAAGUUUUCUCCAUGAUAAUAAUACAACAUGGGACAAUAUGCAUCUUAUAAGACGAAAAAGUAGGAAGCAAGACCUGCAUUCCAAAGCAGAACAUUUUGAAUUUGAAGCAAUACCCAAUGAAGACCAGCUUGAUGAAUUUGACAAUGACUUGACAUACAAACAGUGUCUUACCUUACCUCAAGAACCAGCCACACCUUUUAUAUGUGGAGAAUGUGGCAAAUGUUUCAUCUCUGAGCCAUUCCUUGCAGAGCACAUGAAGAAGCAUUCAGUUGAGAGGCCUCAUAGAUGCCACCAGUGUGGCAGGGAGUUUGAGUACAGAUCCCGUCUUGUAGUACACCUAAGAACUCACAAUGGAGAAAAGCCCCAUAAAUGCGAGGAGUGUGGGAAGGACUUUAACUAUAGGUCCCGUCUUCUUGUACAUCAGCGGAAACACACAGGAGUAAAGCCUCACAAGUGUAUUCAGUGUGGCAAACAGUUUGAUUACAGAUCUCACCUGCUUAGACAUCAGAGAACACAUACAUGAAUGUAGAGUGUUUCUUAUUCCACUCUGGAGUGUUAUUGAGGAGACUGGUCUCCAAGUCACUGAUUGCAUAACGACAAAUAGAUGGAGCAUAUACUGAAAUGCAGUAUAUGCUGCUGUCAUGCAUACCACAGAAGACAAUCGUUUCUGGUGCAGCUUAAGCAUUUUUCAGCGUGGAAAGUGUUGACAGAGAAACUUUUGAUUGAUGGAGAAGAAAAGAUUGUGUUCUUGGGAAGAUGUCCUACUAUACUAACGAUGACCUGAGAGUCAUGUCUGCAAUUCAAAAGCACAAGAGAGCUGCAUGAGAUCAUAAGUGGUUCUGAGCUCCACCUGUAGACUGCUGUCGUUUCUUAAUAUCCAGGGAGCAAUGCGGAAAUCACUAAAGUAAUCAAGAAUAAAGUUCUUUUUGGAGAUUUACAGCAAAUAAGCAUCACUAGUCUAUGGAAGGUAGACAAUUGAAGAGAAUUUAAAAAAAUUAAAUACACCUGUUUGUAAAAAUCAUAGAUGUCUCUUCUAAAAUGUAAUAUUGGUGGUAAGUCCCAAGGCAGUUUCUAACCUACAAUGAAGGCUUCCGUCAUGAUUUCUAUCCUUGGUGAUAAGCAAAGACAUUUUUGACCAGUGAAAAUCAAGUAUGUGUAUCCAGACCACUUCUACAGAACCCAUACUUCCCCCAUUCACUGGCCAACCCGGUAUUCAGGUGGAAACAGCUGAUUUUACGUCACUUGAUUUUUAUUC